AUGAGAGCUACAGUAGAUACCGAGGCCAUCCUGCGGUCUUUAACGCUAGAGGAAAAGAUUUCUCUCCUCGCCGGCGGGAGCUUCUGGGAGACCGUGGCGAUCCCCGAGAAGGGCAUCCCAUCUAUCAAGACUACCGAUGGACCUAAUGGCACACGUGGCGAAGAUUUUGACGGAAACACCAGUGCAGCAUGCUUCCCCGCAGCCUCCAGCAUCGCCGCCUCCUUCGACCCGGAAAUCGCCCGCGCUGUAGGCUUCGCCCUCGCGCAGGAGGCCCGCAGCAAGGGCGCGAGCUGUCUUCUAGCUCCCACGGUAUGCAUCCACCGCCACCCUCUGGGCGGGCGAAACUUCGAGAGCUAUAGCGAGGACCCGCUCCUCACGGGGAAGCUCGCGUCGAGCAUGAUCCGGGGCGUGCAAAGUCUUGGAGUCGCCGCGACCAUUAAGCACUUUGUCGCGAACGAGCAGGAGACAGAUAGGAUGACUGUGGAUGAAACGAUCGGGGAGCGGGCCCUGCGGGAGAUUUAUUUAAGGCCCUUUGAGAUUGCGGUUAAGGAAGCCGGGCCUUGGGCGCUGAUGUCGGCGUAUAACAAGGUCAAUGGAGAGCAUUGCGAUGGGAACGAGUGGUUGCUUUCGAAAGUUCUUCGGGAGGAGUGGGGGUGGGAAGGAAUGGUAAUGAGCGACUGGGGCGGGACGAACUCGCUUGCCGGCAUCAAAGCCGGCCUCGAACUCGAGAUGCCUGGUCCCGCCGUUGUUCGGAAACUAGACGUGGUUGUUGCGGCCGUCAAGCGGGGAGAGGUUCAAGAGGAGGACAUCGACAAGCGAGUGCGGACGCUCCUCAGGUUCUUGGUGAACCUAAACGCAUUCGAGAACUCGGGUAGCCCAAUGCGAGAAAAGGCUAUCGACCGCCCAGAACAUCGGAAACUUAUUCGCGACGCAGGAGCUAGGGGUAUCGUGCUGCUCAAGAACGACAACGACAUCCUGCCGCUCUCUCUCUCGAAGCUCAAAGCCAAAAAGGUUGCACUUAUUGGAUUUGCCAAGGACGCACUCGCCCACGGCGGGGGCAGCGCUGCCGUGAACGCUCACUACAAGAUAACGCCUUGGGAUGCCUUCCAGAAUUCGUUCGGCAACGACGUGGAGUUCACCUACGCGAAGGGCGCGCAUAGGGAGCGUCUCCUAGCGCCUCUUGGCAAGAAUGAUCGGCGGGGAACCGUUAUCGGCCUUGACGACCAGCCAGGAUUCACACUCUCGUUCUACGAUCCCUCGAACCCGACGUCGCCGCUCGCCACCAAGCACGGCCACGAGAAGUCGGGAUAUUCUCCCCUGGGAACCCAGGAGUCCCUGCAGAAGAUCCUCGAGCUCGUUGGGGACUUCAGCCCUGCCGAGACCGGGAACCACUGUCUUGCGGGCUCUGGUCUUGGCGAGACGGAGGUCUUCAUCGAUGACGAACUCGUCAUCAAGCAAGAAGGAAAUUUCUCCGACCCCAUGGGCGUGCUCUUCAACGCACAGACCGAAGCGGAGAUCCGGCAUACUUUCACUGCCGGGAAGACGUAUCGACUGCGAAUCAGGAGUUAUCCACCAAGCAACGUCGGCCUGAAGAUUCUGGAGGGGCGCACAGGUUUCCGCCUCGGCUUAUCUCUUGCCUCUGAGCAUGAUGCAGAUCUCCAGGGAGAGGCUGUCAAGGUUGCACAGGAAGCGGACUACGCCAUCGUUUUCACAGGCCACGAUCCCCAGUGGGAGACAGAGGGUCGCGACCAGGAUUCCUUUCAUCUCCCCCGCCAGGGAAGCCAAGAUGCCCUCGUAUCGGCCGUCGCGGCGGUUAACUCUAACACUAUCGUGGUUAACUCUACGGGCGUGGCGGUCGCGAUGCCAUGGCUGGAUCAGGUCGCCGGUCUGCUCCAGACGUGGUUCCCAGGCCAGGAGUGCGGGAACUCCAUCGUAGACGUCCUGACGGGUUCUGUGAAUCCCGAGGGUCACCUACCGACCACUUUUCCCCGCCGGAUCGAAGAUGCGCCCGCGUACGGGAACUUCCCUGGGACAUAUGAUGGCAACAAGCAACGGAAGGUUACAUACGCUGAGGGGGUGUUUAUCGGGUACCGCCACUAUGAUCGCCUGUCGAAGGACAAGGUUAAUUUCCCGUUCGGGUUCGGUCUUUCGUACACGUCAUUUUGUCUCGGGGAGAUGAAGGUUUCCAGGGGCUACGAGGACACAUUCACAGUCACAUAUAAAGUGUCUAACACCGGGAAUACCGCCGGUGGCGUCGCGGUCCAGGUGUAUGCUGGAAAAACCCAGCAGAGCCCAGAGCAUCCCAUCAAGUCUCUCGUUGCCUUUCAAAAAGUACGGCUGCCAGCGGGUGCCGACCAAAUGGGUCUAAUGGUGUUUAAGGCCAAGGAUUUUGCUUACUUUGAUGAGGCGCGACAUGCUUGGGUUGUGGAGGCCGGUAAGUACGAUAUCUCGCUUGGAAAGUCUGCGGCGGAUAUUGCACAGGUAGUGUCUGUCCAGGUGGAAAGGGAGAUUGUAUAUGCCCCGUAA